GUUACUGUCACUCAUUGACGGAUGAGGAACGCAAGGAACUUCGCCUAUUCUCCACACAGCGCAAACGUGACGCUCUCGGACGUGGCAAUGUCAGACAGCUGAUGAGUGCGCGCCCCUGCGAUGGUUGUGAUGAAUUGAUUUCCACCGGCGACAUUGCWGUAUUCGCAACACGCCUGGGGCCGAAUGCUUCGUGGCAUGCCGGUUGUUUCAUUUGCUGCAUUUGCCAUGAGCUGCUAGUCGAUCUCAUUUACUUUCAUCGCGAUGGCCGCCUCUAUUGUGGACGUCAUCAUGCGGAGACAUUGAAGCCGCGCUGCUCUGCCUGUGAUGAGAUAAUCCUUGCCGAUGAAUGCACUGAAGCGGAAGGACGUGCCUGGCAUAUGAACCACUUCGCGUGUCAGGAGUGCGAGAAGCAGCUGGGCGGUCAACGUUAUAUAAUGCGCGAAGGCAAACCUUAUUGUCUGCUCUGCUUCGACGCGAUGUUCGCCGAGUACUGUGACUACUGCGGCGAGUCCAUUGGUGUGGAUCAGGGUCAAAUGAGCCACGACGGCCAGCACUGGCAUGCGACGGACGAAUGUUUCUCUUGCAACACAUGUCGCUGUUCGCUUUUGGGACGCGCCUUUUUGCCGCGUCGCGGUUGCAUUUAUUGUUCGAUUGCUUGCAGUAAAGGUGAACCCCCCACACCAUCAGAUAGCUCAGGUACUGGGAUGUACACCACACCGACACCGCCAACGCAACGUGUGCGCCCGCAAACGCGCAUACCUAGCAGUCAUGCAUCCAGUUCACCGCCAAUGUCACCAAUGCAACAACAACAGCACCAGAAUAGCUUCAAUCAAGCGAUGUAUCAGUUGCAGAGCCAACAGAUAGCGGCGGGUAUAGUUUGUGCGGGUACGGGUAGUGGACCAACCGCCAGCGGUGUGAAUGAUGAUAGUGAUAGAGUGGGUGAUAGCGCUGCGCCAGUCAGUAUUGCAGGCGACGUGACGCUUAGGGAUCCAACGAAACAAAGCUACCCAACAUCAGACUCUGACGGCGGUGUGGYCAAGGAUUUGGAACAUGCGAUUGGUAGUCGCAGUGCUGGUGAUUUUACAGACUUCUCAGGUGGUGCKCCUUCAACAUCUUCACAAAAUCUAUCACCGCUGAUCUCACCCGGCGAAUACACACAUUUGAUGCCUCAACCAAUGGAGCUGAAAUCUGAAGCUGCUUACAACUUCAAUGAGAUGUCUCUCAACUUAGAUGCAGCUUGGCCUAGUAAGCCGCCGCACACUGGCUCACAUACAUAUAAUCUACCGCGUCAUAUGCAACAUGUUUCGAAAAUGGAAAGCUCUAUGACCUCAAGUAUGCCCGAACUGACUGGACGACCGGCCACACAGCCACCAACGACUGGCACACACAUUACCUCGCAACAAUUCGCACAAGACUAUGGUGAGCCGAUCACUUCACCACUACCCUCCGACAUUGGUGAGCUACCCACACCCAAUUUGUCGGUGGCUUCGACCGCGCUACCGCCCGAAUUGAUGGGCUCACCCACAGCUUCCGGCGGUGAGCGUUCAAUUACCUCGCCGCAAUCUACGCAGUCCGGUCAGCCACCCAUACAUCCGGUGUCCAUACUCAGCGGCGCUUCGUCCUCAUCACCAAUGAGCGGCGCAACAGGUGAGGUUAAAAAGAAAGGUGUACGCUUCGAAGGUUUACCACCAGACCCACUGCCACGUUCGCGCAGUUAUUCCGGCAACGGCGCGGGCACACGCGACCGUGACCGCGAUCGGGAUCGUGAUCGUGAUCGUGACCGAGCCCGCGAYCGCGACCGCGACCAUGAGAGGAGCAGGAGUAAAGACUGCUGUAGCGGUGAGCGUUCCUCCGACGGCAGCGGUCAUCACUCAUCGCGCCGCAGACGUCGUCGCAAAUCAUCGGGUCAUCGCAGCAAUGGUUACCGCUCGCAUUCCACAACGCGCGCCGACACCUACGUAACAACACAACCGCUCUCCUCCUCCUAUCAAGGACCACCGUCGGUGUUGCAACGCGCUUCAAACACCAGCAGCGCCUCCGCAGCACAGCCUGUCACGCAUUGUGGCGACGACGAAUCGGAUGAUGCCUCGAGCGUUUGUUCAACUUGCUCGUCAUCCUCGUCCUCCUCCGAAGACUAUAUGAUGUAUCAAUUGCCGCAGCGGCGACAUUAUGGCGGUGUACGCGUCAGCUAUGUGCCCAACGAUGCGCUCGCCUAUGAUCGCAAACGAAAGCCGACGGAUAUGAGUGACAAGGACAAGAACUGUAUUAUUUCGUGAUGCGUUGUUGUAGUGUUGUAUGAAGUUGCGAGGCAAGCGCGUAUCAGCAGCCAUUAAGAGUUGCCAGUCAGCGUAACAGUGGAAAUGGGCGGCAGUGCCGCUGGCAAUCGAAGCCUAUAAUAUUAAAAUAAAAACAAAAAGUACAACAGAAUUUAAAUGUAAAGCAUAAUUAAAAAGAGGCAACAAUUAUUUAAAAUUAAAUAUAUGURCAUGGCUUCCAGGCACACUAAAUCAAAGCGGCGGCGGCGGGUAUCAAAGCGUUGGCACUUACCAUCUGACAUAAUUAAUGAUUUAUAAAUUGCUUUAGYGAUGAGUUAUGUUGAAAGAGGAAAUUAAAGUGUAAUUGAAAACUUGAAAAACAGAAAUUAAUAAAUGCUACUUCGGAAUAAGUGAAGYAGAAUAAAUUUUGGAGAUUAAAUUACAAUAAAAA